AUGUCCUCCAUCAUCGCCCGCUCGGCCUUGCGCGCCGCUCCGCGCCUUCGCCCGACUCCUGCCCUCCGACGGUGGGCCAGCGCUGCGGCUGAAGGCGAGCGACAAGCCGGCAAAGACGCCCUCAAGACGGGAGCGAAGCGCGACCCCGAACUCUAUGUACUAUUUGCUAUCAUGAGCGGCGUUUUCGGUCUUGCAGGAUGGCACUUUUCUCGCUCUCCAACAAGUGCCUCGUCUGAGCGUACCGUCGCCAAGGCCGCAGACAGCGAGCCUUGGAAGCAGGGCGGCACAGGCCCUUACCAGUACCACCCCGGCGGUGACACCAGCGUCAAGAAGGAUGCGCCCUCUGCACUAAAUGUCGUGGUGAUCCCCAACGUCACUCUUCCCAAGGAACUCCACGAUACCUACAACAAGUGGGGCAAGGAUGGCUACUAA